CUAUUCAAGUAAUGCCCAUCUCUACUCCUUUUUACGUGUUCAUGCAAAUGCCAACAUAUAUCAUGCAAUUUUGUAAAUUAGAAUAUCUUACAUAGCCCUAUAUAUAUGGACCCUGAACCAAUUCUUUAACACUCACUAACUUCUAUUAUCUAUCCUCCGUAUUCAUCGAAAAAGAUAACCAAAGUUAAGGACUUGAUAAUGGCAAAACAGUUAUCCCAUAUCAGUUUAGUGGCUCUUGCUUUUUUCGGCUUGACCUUUGCCUAUGAACCCGACGCCCUUCAAGAUUUCUGUGUAGCCGACCCAAAUAGCUCAGUUAAUGUAAAUGGAAAGACUUGCAAGAAUCCUACGCAAAUUCAAGCUAAUGACUUCUACUUCAGUGGCUUACAUCUUAUGGGCAAUAUAUCAAACCCUUUGGGAUUAAGGGUGACACCGGUUACUGUAGCUCAGUUACCAGGGCUCAACACUUUAGGCAUUUCAAUGGUCCGCAUUGACUUAGCACCUUGGGGAAUCAACCCCCCUCACACUCACCCACGAGCCACUGAGAUUAUAACAGUUUUAGAAGGCUCGAUACAGGUUGGGUUCAUCACUUCAGAUCCAGAAAACCGACUUAUCUCUAAGGUGCUAUAUAAGGGCGAUGUGUUUGUGUUCCCGGUUGGACUUGUUCACUUCCAACGUAAUAUUGGAAGUAAAUGUGCGGUGGUUAUUGGUGCUUUAAGCAGUCAAAACCCUGGUGCUAUAACAAUUGGGAAUGCUGUUUUUGGAUCAAACCCAACAAUUACAAGUGAUGUUUUAGCUAAGGCCUUCCAAGUGGAUAAGAAACUGAUUGAUCAACUCAAGGCAAAGUUCUAGUGGACAAGAGAAGACAAUGAACGAACGAACAGGGUCUACUAGCAGAAAUUAACUGCUAACGUUUUUCUACAUUUGAUAUUUGUGUGCGGAUGCUGAUUUUAGGAUUUCUUAUUUAUUAAUUAUUUUGUAAAACGCAUGUUUGGUUGUGAUGACCAUAGUCCAGUCGGAAGAAUUUUUGUUUGUCAAUGACAAGAUUUCGUGUGUGGAAUACAAUUGAUCAA